AUGGAUGCCGCCUCCUUUGCUGCAACGUCUCGCCUCUCUGCUGCUGCUGCUGCGCUGCUGGCCACCCCGCCGCUGCAGCUGCUGCCGCAGCUCUGUUCCUUCUCUGCGACGCCGGGUUUCUUUUCUCAGCAGCCGCAUCCCCCCCAUCAACAGCAGCAGCAGCAGCAGCAGCAGCAGAAGCUCGUGUAUAAUGAAUUCCCCAUGGCGCUGCUGCCUGAUGCUGUCUUCUUAGACCCGUACACUGCAGUGGGCCGGUGGUCAGGCCACUGGAGUUGUUCGCUGGUGCAGCAGCAGCUGCCUUUUACUGCAGCAGCAGCUGCAGCAGGAGGCGCAGGAGCUGCAGCAGCAGCAGCAGCAACAUCAGCUGCUGCUGCAGUUGCCCCUUGUAGAGAGCAGUCACAGUGCGUGGUGCUGGGGGCAUUCGAAGCUCUACACCACAUGCUUCUCGCUGCAUGCAGCCCCAAUUCUUCUUUGCUGCUGCAGAGAUUAACAACAGAGCUGCUGCGGCUCUCGCUGCAGCAGCAGCAGCAACCAGGCAGCCUGCUGUCUCCCUCGGGGGGGGACGGGCUCCCAGGCCACCAGGGGGACCUCCUGGCCGCGCUGCAGCAGCAGCACUUCUUGUCUCUCUUGGCGUGCAGCGGCAUCAGCAACGGCGACUGUAUCCUCAGCGGCACCAGCGACAGCAGCAGCAGCAACAGCAGCAGCAGCAACAGCAGCAGCAGCAGCAGCAGCAGCGAUGCGAUAGAAUGUGCUGCAACGUUUGCUCAGUCUGUCUUCGCUUUCGUUGACUCUCGCGUUAAGGUGGCAGCUGUCUCCGUCCUCACGCUGCUGUGUCUCUUGUGGAGACAGCAGCAGCAGCUGCUCGAGCAGCAGCAGCUGCAGCAUCAGAAACAGCAGCAGCAGCAGCAGCUCUUUGCGCUGCCUCAAGCUGGCCGUUCCGCAGCUGCGCAGCAGGCGAUGAGCCGGAUACACCAAUGGGGUGGCAUCUGCAGCAGCAGCAGCAGGAGCAGCAGCAGCAGCAGCGCAGCCUUGUGUCUUGCUGCUGCCCUUGCAUUUGAGUCCGAUGAUCUGCAGCUGCUGCUGCAGGACAAACAGAACCAACAGCAGCAGCAGGAUGCGGGGAAAGCCAGCAGCAGCAGCAGCAACAGCAGCAGCAGACGAUGGAUUCGAAGGCUGUACACAGACAAGCUUGUGGGUCGGCUGCUGCGGCAUCUGUAUGCAAAGGAGCAGCAGCUGUUAGAGUACAGGCUGCUGCUGCUGCAGCUCAUCCUGCUAGCUCUAGAUAGCCAGCAGCAGCUGCUGCUGACGGGAGAGGACUCUGCCUUUGCUGCCACUGUGCAGUUCUCGCAGCAAGUGCUGCUCGAUGUCCUGCAGCAGCAGCAGCAGCAACAACAGCAGCAGCAGCAGCAGCAGCAGACGGGUCUUGUGCUGGGCCAGGUGAAGCUCGUGCGGUUGGCGCUGCUGCUGCUGCAGCAGAUAACCUGCGUGCACAGGCCACGGGCGGCGCUGCAGCAGCUGCGGCAGCAGAGCAGCAGUACGGGUCUAGAGGCGCUUCGCAGCAGCAGCAGCAGCAGCAGCAACAGCAGCAGUACAAGCGGCACAGCGGCAGCAAACGACGGAACUGCUGCAGCAACAGAGACUCCUCGAGGCCCUGGCGGGUGGAGCUUGCUGCUGCAGAUGGCGCAGCUGCUGCUGCAGCAGUGGGAACGCAUGUGUUGGGGUCGUGGUAGAGCUUGGCUUGCUGCUGCAGUUGAACAGCUGCGGUGCUGCUGCUCCGUGCAGCAGCAGCUGGCGAGGGGCCAGCAAGACGGCGGGCUGUGGCACCUGCAGCUCCUGCAGCAGCAGCAGCAGCAGCAGCAGCAGCAGCAGCAAGGCUCUUUGCAAGCAAAACGCAUGCAACCACUGAAUGCUGCUCAGCCCCAGCAGCAGCAGUUGCAGCACCCGCAGCAGCAGCAGCAGCAGCAGAGCAGCAGCAGCAGCAGCAGUGCAGAAGAGCAGCAGCACGAAGACACUGAUGAUGAGGAUGCUGCUGCUCAGCUGCUUGCUGCAGUUGAAAUAUGUGGGGCGCUGCAGUCCCUCUGCAGCAUCGCCCGCUCGCAGCUGCGUUUCCUGCCUGCUGCUCUACGUGACAGCAAGGGCAGCAGCAGCAGCAGCAGCAAAGCUAGCAGCAGCAGCAGCAGCAGCAGCAGCUACUGCAACGAUAUCUCUGACUAUGAAGCAUUCUUUGAUUGCCUGGAGUUUCUGUCUUCAAACCGCGAGCUGCUUGAGGCGCUUCUCCCGCUGCAGCAGCAGCAGGAGCAGCAGCAGCAGGAGGAGCAGCAGGAGCAAGAGCAGCAGCAGCAGCAGCAGCAAGAGCUUAACCCGGGUUUGGUUCCUCUACAGAGUGCAACAGAGUGCUGGAGCGGGCUGCUGCAGGCGGCACCUCAGGUGUAUCGGGAGGUGCAUGCAUCAGAAGCAUCAGUUGGUGCUGCAGCAUGGGGGGUCGAUGCAUACGGCAGCAGCAGCAGCAACAGCAGCAGCAGCAGCAGCGAGCAGCAGCGGGGGCCUGAAGAUGCUGGUGAGCUGCGCCUGCCGCAGGAUGUAGAGAGAGCCAGCGUGUGCCUCGCCGGGAGGAGACAGUACGGCGUCUCCUUCGGCCUGCGGGGGAGACAGUUGCUGUUUCUGUCUCUUCACUGCAGCCUGCAGCAAGAGCGCCUGCUGCGUGCACGUCUAGGCCCAGCAUCGCUGCUGCAGCAGCAGCAGCAGCAGCAUCCUUUGCUGCAGCAGUCCGUCUGUACACCCUGGAUGCUCUCGGGUGUAGCAGCAAGGGCCUCUGUGGGGCUGUCGCUAGCUGAGGCGCAGCAGCUGCUGCUGCAGAGCUACACGCAGCUCUUCCUUGCAUGCAGAGACGCAGCAGUAUACCCCCUGUACAUCCCCCGACCCUGCAGCAGCAGCAGCAGCAACAGCAGCAGCAGCAGCAGCAGCAGCAGCAGGAGCGCUGGACCCCCAGAUGCUUGCCCUGGUCCUGAGAGGCCACCGUUCUCGUCUAUGCUGCUGCCGCUGCUGUCGCUGCUUGCUGCAGUACCCCGAUACAGACAGGAUCUGCUGCAGCGGCGGGGCUUCUUUGAGGCUGCUGCAUGCGCUGCGCAGCAGCUGCUGUGUGCCAGCUGGUGUACAGAUAUAUGUGCGAGCAAGCAGCUGCCCCCUUCUCCAGGCAGCAGCAGCAGCAGCAGCAGCAACAGCAACAGCAGCAGCAGCAACACAGCAGCAACAACAGCACAGCAGCAGCAGAAAGCUCACGUAGCACUUGAGCUGCUCCUCGGACCCGGAGGCGUCACCUGUCUGCCUCACACCGUGCAGCCCACGCUGCUGCAGCCGCUGCAGCAGCAAAACCCAGCAGCAGCAGCAGCAGCAGCAGCAGCAGAGUUGCUGCAGCAGCCAGUCGCCGACGGUGUGCUGUCUGUCCCAAGCAGGGAUGUGCUGCGGUGGCUCAGCUUGUGCAGCAGCCCUGCCGGCAACCAGCAGCAGCAGCAGCAACAACAAAAACAGCAGCAGCAACAGGAGCAGCAGCAGCAGCAGCAGCAGCAAGCAGACAGCUUGUUGUGUGCAGCCCUUAACGGCGCACUGGCAGUAACAGCCAUAGUGCAUGAGGCGCUGCUGACUGGGGAGACGCAGCAGCAGCAACAGCAGCAGCAGCAGCAGCAGUACUUGUUGCUGCAGCUGGGGCGAGACCUAGGGAAUAUGCACCCGCAGGAGCUGCUGCGUCUGGCUGCUGCUGCUUCUGACUUUUUUGCUGUAGCUUCUGGCGUGUGGGCGCACUUAGCACUGCAGCAGCAGCAGCAGCAGCAGCAGCAGCAGCAGCAUUCGCUGCUGCAAGAAGGGUGCAGGAAGAAGCAGCAGCGACAAGAGGGAGACAUGCUGCUGUGGCAGCGGUGGCGCAGCAGCCUAGCUGAGCUUCUUUCCAAUCUGCUGCUGUGCGUGCGGCGCAGCAGGAUGCUGACGCUGCGUGCUGCAGCAGCAGCAGCAGCAGCAGAGCAGCAGCAGCAGCAGCAGGCACUGCAGCAGACGGAGCAGCAGCAGAGGGGGGGGCACUCCUCAGCCACCAACAAAACAUAUUUGUGGUAG